GCCUCGAUACAUCAAUAUGAUAUUGUCGUGCCAUAUAGCUCCAAUAAUUAAGGUGACAUCAAUUGGAAUGUAAUAACAUGCUAUAAUUUACAUUAUUUGGCUGUAGGUUACUUGCCUCCUUUGCAAGAGUUAACGACUUAAAUUGCAGGGGGGCUAUUGCGUGAGUAAAUUAUCACGGUGCUCGAACAAACCAAUCUCUAAACCGGCCCAAGACAAACUCAGAUGGGUAAAAAGAAACUAGUCGAGACGCGUUGUUCACCUUGCUACAUUAACAACUUAUUUACCCACUUGGAACGACAUAAUGAGCAAGCUAAGUUGGCCGAGAUUGAGGCCAUUGGAUUUGAUUUCCUGCGCCGGGUACCACAAUGGCAUGUGAAGCAGAGCAUCGUGCUCCAACUAGCUAGGGCCUAUGACGUGGAGACAAACACUCUCAGGGUCGACGCCGAGGACAUUCGCAUUACUGCAGAACUUAUCGGCAAUGUAUUCGGCAUACCUUCUCGAGGGGACCCAAUCCCUAAACUGCAGAAAAAAAUGAAUCGCAUUUGGCAAUUAAGAGAGAAUUUCAGAAGAAAACUACAACCCAACUGCGGGACUUUGUCUUUGAUUGUCCGAUGGAGACCGAGCAACAGAGGAUGACCUUUAGAAGGUACUUUAUCAUGGUUGU